AUGGAUGGGAAUGUCUUGGAUGAUGAUAAUGAUAAUGAAAGGUCAGAUUUUUCUGAUAACUGUUCUCAACAUGCAGCACAGUCUGGAAUAGUUUCUCUUGUACCAGACAAUAAUUGUGAUAGUAAUAAGCAACAAGAACUAGCACUUAAGAAACAAAUAGACCUUUGUGGCUUAUGGAUUAUGAUAUUACUGUACUACAGUGGACUACCAGAUGUUCACGAACAAGGAGUAGGAUUUCUUGUACACAGGAACUACAACAACUGCGUUGUGAAUUGUUACCCUAUAUCCAGCCGACUCAUCUCCAUACGUUUAAAGGCAUCACCCUUCAAUAUCACCAUCAUUCAAGCCUACGCUCCUACAUCAACAUAUGACGAUGAGGCAGUAGAAGAGUUUUAUGAUCAAUUACAUGAAGUGGUCAAUAAGGUCCCGAAAAAGGACAUCCUUGUUGUACAAGGAGACUGGAAUGCCAAAGUAGGAAGUGACUCCUAUCAAACCUGGAAAGGCACUUGUGGAAAAUACAGUAACCUCUCAACCAAUGAACGAGGUCAAAGACUAUUAGAAUUUGCGAAAUACAACAAUCUCUUACUGGCUAACACACUAGGAUGCCACAAAAAAUCGCGUAUAACCACAUGGCACAGUCCGAACGGAGAGCACCACAACCAGAUCGACUAUAUCAUGGUGCAACAGCGUUUUAAGACAAGCAUCCAUACAGCUAAAACAAGAAGUUUUCCUGGAGCUGACAUUGGAAGCGACCAUGACCUUGUUAUGACGACCCUUAAAGUACACCUAAAAAAGGUAACAAAACAAGGACCUACCAGGACAAGCUGA